AUGUCCGCUGACACUGAUGCUGAUAAUACCCAAAUCAAGAAAUUGGACAUUCUAAUCGUAGGAGCUGGAAUAGCAGGUCUGAGUUUUGUAUAUGCUCUAAGACGGAGUGAGAUAUACCAGAAGGGUUUAGUAGGGUAUAGGAUUAUAGAAAAGAAACAAGCACCAUCAAUAGAUUUAGGUUAUCCAAUUCAUCUAUCCUCUGCAUCUCGUCAAGCCCUCAGAGACCUCCUCACACCAUCUGAUCUAGCCAGAUUCCAAAAAGCCCAAUCGACCAUACCGAUCUAUCACGAUGGCUUGACGGUAGGUAAUUAUAAGGGUGAGGCUAUGUGGAGGACUAUACGUGAUCCAGGUGUGAGAUCGAUGAUUGAACGUGAAGAUCUGAUGUCGAUCUUGAGGGAUGGAAAUGAUGAAGACAAGGUGGAAUACGGGAAGGAGCUCCUAUCUCUUGAUGAGAUUGUGGGAGAGGGGAGAGUAGAAGUGGUGUUAAGUGAUGGGGAGACGUUCAAAGUGGAUUUGGUAAUUGGUGCAGAUGGAAUGUUCUCCCAUACUCGACAACUUUUAUAUCCCAGCCAAAACUCAUUAGAGAAGUUACCUUGGACAAUCAUGAAUUCACGAUAUACUUCCCCUGAAGUACUUGGAUGGUGUAAAGACUUAAAUGGGAUUAAUACAAUUGUGGGAGAUUCGUUCUCAGCUACUAUAAUUCCUUUAGGCCAUCAAACUCAAGCUCAAGCUCAGAGUAUAGAAGAGGAUAGAGAAGACUUGAAGAAUCAGAGUAUCGCUGGAGGAAUUGAGGAUAACGAUCAAGUUGGAAAUUUCAUUGAUGAAAAUAAUCGAGAAAACAAACAAUUUAUCGAUAAUCCUACUAACGGUAACGCUAACACUGAUCAUACCCAUAUCAAUCUCGACAGUCAUACAGCCAACCCAUCAGUCUACGUAGCUCUGACAAUCCCUUCUAAAUGGCUCGAACCAUCCUACUGCACCAAAUUGUCCAAAUGCACUUGUGAACCCACCAUUCACUCGGUGUUCCUCCGUCAACUUGAAAAUUCCGAUGGAUGGCCUCGUAGAAAGGGUUUUCAGAUGUAUAGUAUGAAUAAAACAGUGGCAGGAAGGGGAAAGGUCAUUUUAUUGGGUGAUGCAGCUCAUGGGAUGCCUCCUUUCUGUGGGGCUGGAGCGGGAAGUGCGAUAGUAGAUUCGGUGGAGUUGGUCAAAGUUCUCAACACAGGAAUAGGUGAGUAUCAUCAUUUCUAUAAUCUCAAUUCCUCAUUGGGAGAUUACAUGACUCAGAGUCAAUUACGAAAUGGCCCGUUGAUCAAAGCAUCCAAGAGAUUACUCUGGCUAGCACAGGGACAUACGGAGUUGUCGUUGAUAGCGAGGAGAGUGGUGUUCUGGGGGCUGGAGAUGAAAGAGAGGUUGAGUGGGAGUAGACAUCGGGCAGAAGUCCAGCUGAGACAGGUCAUAGAGGAGAAUCGAAAAGGUAGUGAUGAGAGGGAUAGGAAUGGGCAUUGGAAUCAGAACGGACUAGUACCUGUAGUACGGCAAUGGGCUGUGGCCGAUGAGCCGUUCGCGAAUAUAUACGGUUGA